ACUGAGCCUGCUUCUUAUUGGUUGACUUGAAAACUGUUUGACUCGAUUGGCGGGAGCUCCUGCCAAUAGCCGAAGCCUCCUACAUCCCGGGCUUCUCCGUUGUCAUGCGCUUCUUCCACGAGCACUUGCGCGCGUUUUUCAGAGUUUGCUGUUCGCCGAUGUUGCUGUGGCUUUUAAAGAGCGUAGAAACAUCAAGAUUUGCUGUCAUUUGAAGACUUCUGUUGUCACUUUUCUUUAUAAUUUUUUUAUGUCUUAGCAUCUCGGCGAACUCAACAAACUUAAAAUGCAGGACAUCAUUGCUGGAGUGGGAAAAAUCCGUUUUGAUAUUGAAGUCGAUGUGGUUGACCAGAAAGGCACGCUGCCAUUACCCUUCCCAGGAAUGGACAAAUCGGGAUCUGCAGUGUGUGAAUUCUUCAGCAAAGGUCAUUGCAAAAAGGGAGCUGUGUGUUCCUUUCGUCAUCUGCGUGGAGAAAAAUCAGUUGUGUGCAAACAUUGGCUACGGGGCCUCUGCAAAAAAGGGGACCAGUGUGAAUUCCUUCAUGAAUACGACAUGACAAGGAUGCCAGAGUGUUAUUUUUAUUCUAAAUUCAAUGAAUGCAGCAACAAAGAGUGCCCUUUCCUUCAUAUAGACCCUGCCUGCAAGGUGAAGGACUGUCCAUGGUAUGACCGGGGAUUCUGUAAGCAUGGUCCUCUGUGCAAGCAUAGACACACUCGUCGAGUGAUGUGCCCCCAGUAUUUAGUUGGUUUCUGUCCAGAAGGGGCUAAAUGUAAGUUUGUCCAUCCCAAAGCUGACUUGCCAGUUGGCAUUGAUCCACCAAAGGUUGCUGUUUCCUCUACAAAUCAAUCUUCUCAAACUCGGUCAACAAACACAACUUCAUUCGUCUUGCGCCAGGAGUUUGUUUUUCAGAAGAUACCACACUUUAAUCUGUCUGGUGUUGGUAUUGUCCAUUGCCAGCAAAGGCAUAUGCAGGAGGCCUCUACAUCCACACAGGGGUCUAUGAAAUCAUUCCAGCUGGUUACUUGCUAUAAGUUUGCACCCUUCAUUGUAUACUAAUUAAAAAUGAACAGAGCAGUCACAACGGCCAAACACCGAAAGAUAAUGUGCAGAUACUUCAGAAUCAGACCCAUUAAUUGGACAAUAAUGGAUGAAACAAGCAGAACACCUGGAAAAGCAGAAUAAAAAUCAGGAUGCAAACAUUUAAAAAAAAAAAAAAAAAAAAAAAUCCUCCUAGAACUGCUUAGUACAUUUUAAUAAAAAUUUUAGCCCACUUAGUUUGGCAAUUUUUAUACUGAAACACACAGUGGGAAAUACCAGCUCACUUAAUUAGGCUCGGAGUCCAACUCAAAAUGGAACAAAAACCUGCAGUCAGAAUGGGUCUCAAGGAAUGAGUUUGGGAACCGCUGAUCUAAAACGACACACAUUUAAAAAUGCAAAGUAAAUUUUGUUUUCGAUACAGUAAAACUGAGAAUACUCCACACUGCCUUUGUGCAUGUCUAACACUACUUUUAAGCAAAUCCAUUAUCAAAUUUUACAAGAGUUCAUAGUAAUAAACAUUUUGGUUUUUUUUCUGUGGGGUAACUCCAAGUUAAGUGGCAUC